AUGGAUGGUACGAUAAAAAGUGAUGAUGAAUCAUGUAUUAGUGUUAAAUGUGCUAUACCAAUAUAUAUUACAUAUCUUUUAUCUUUAUGUGAAUACGGUGAUCUACAUUUACGUGGUGCAUGUGCAAAUUUACUUGUUACAUUAAUUAAAACAACAAUUCAUCUUUUAACACUAUCAUCAUUAUCAAAUUCAUGUAAUAAUUCUUUUAUUAAUCAAUGUUCACUUGUAUCAACUGAUUUACAAGACAGUUCAAGUCAUGCAUUUACAAUCAUAGGAAUUAAAUUAUUAGAAGAUUCUAUUCAACAUACUACAAGUUCCUGUAUUCUUGCUAAAUUUGCUCUAGCUCAACUUAUGAAUGAUAUUGAUUUUCGAACAUUAACUUAUCUUGAACAACAACAAAAACAAUUAAAACAACAGUACCCUGAUAUACGUGUUCGUCAAGCAACUGCUUCGACUUUUGCUAAUCUUAAAAAAUAUAUUAAUAUACAAAUGAAACAUUUUAUUUAUUGUAUUGCUGAAUCUCUUGUUAUGUUAUCACAUGAUACACUUCAUUCAAAACAAGUUAUUAAAAUACAAGAUUUAAUAAAACAUUAUGAUUCAUUAUUAGCAAGUGGACAUGAACCUGAAACACAUACUUUGGCAGCAUUAGAACCAGUUUUAUAUGAUUUUUUUUCUUGUUCGAGUUAUGCGAAUAAUUAA